AUGGUAUUGAACGAAGAGUUUGAACCUAAGUACUCAUACGCAAGGAUGUGUUGGAACAAAUGGUUCAAGAUUAUAUCCAUAAUCGAUGACAUCUAUGACUCAUAUGGACUGUUAGAAGAGCUCGAAGUCUUCACAGAAGCAAUUCAAAGGUGGGACAAAAGUUGCAUUGAUCAGCUUCCUGAUUACAUGAAAUUGUUUUAUGAAGCGAUGCUCGACACAGACGAAGAAAUGGAGCAAGAAUUAGCCAAAGAGGGACGAUCCUAUGCUGUUUAUUACGCCAAAAAACAAGUAAAACUGAAAAGCCAAGCUUACCUACAAGAAGCAAGAUGGCGUCAUGAAAAGUAUGUUCCAACAUACGAUGAGUAUAUGAAGAAUGCCAUUUUCAGCUCUGGAUCCUUGUUCGUCACUGUUACAACUUAUCUUUGUAUGGGGAAUAUACCAAAUAAGGAUUCUUUUGAAUGGCUCCACCAUAAUUCAAGGGCUCCAAGAGCUUCAUCUGUACUCACUAGGCUUGCUAAUGACAUUUCAGGCCAUAAGCUUAUUUUGAUACAUUUAGAGGAUUGGGAAGUCAAACCAGCCAAUGCUACUGUUUGUUCGAUGAAAAGAGACUAUGCUAGUACAUCUGUGGAAAGCUAUAUGAGCCAAUUUGGGAUUAUCUCCGAGGAAGAAGCUUACAAGCACUUACAAAUGCAGAUGGAGGAAGCAUGGAAAGACAUAAGCACAGACAUGCUUGGACCUACAAAUGUUCCAAUGCCUAUUGUCCAACGAGUAAUCAACCUAUCAAGAGUUUUAUGUGAUUUUUAUUCUAUUGGUGAAGAUCGAUACACUAUGGGUAAGUGUAUGAAACCAAGUAUUACUUCUGUUCUUACAGAUUCCUUAUGUAUAGACAAAUAUACUGUAAGAGUUUUCUUUUGUUCUUGUUGUAACUUGUAA